AAAUUAAAAAAACACUCAACCAAUUGACAUGUCCAGACGCAAUAAUUAAUGGUUAGAAACUGAUUAUAGUUAAUUUUAAUUUUUUUGGAUGAUUCAGGUAUCCGAAAAGCGAUGGUAUUGGCUUAAAGUUUUUGCUCUGGCAACUAAAAGGGAUUGGGAUGCCUUGGAAAAGUUUUCAAAGGAUAAACAGCCACCAAUUGGUUACCGCCCAUUUGUCGAGGCAUGUGUUGAUGCAGAUGAGAAAGGUGAAGCACUAAAGUAUAUACCAAAGCUGACUGAUCCUCGGGAAAGAGCAGAGGCUUAUGCUCGAAUUGGAAUGGCUAAGGAGGCUGCUGAUGCUGCUACGCAGGCUAAAGAUAACGAAUUACUUGGGAGGUUGAAGCAGACUUUUUCUAAAAAUUCAGCUGCUUCAUCCAUUUUUGACACACUGCGAGACCGGUUAUCCUUCCCAAGUGUUUCUUGAUGCCGGUCGUCUCUUUGCUUCGUUUGGUGUGAAUCCUCCUGUUGUUAAGAGUCUUCUAAAUUAGAAUUGGCUAAGGAUUGAUAGCGUUGG